CGGGAGCGCCCGCCGACCGCGCGCCCUUAUGUUCCCUGCGCAGGACGCGCUGCCCCGCGGCGGGCUGAACCUGAAGGAGGAGCCACUGCUGCCCGCCGGCCUGGGCUCGGUGCGCUCCUGGAUGCAGGGCGCCGGCAUCCUGGACGCCAGCACCGCCGCACAGAGUGGUGUGGGCCUGGCACGAGCACAUUUUGAGAAGCAGCCACCCUCCAACCUCAGAAAGUCCAAUUUCUUCCACUUUGUGCUGGCCAUGUACGACCGGCAGGGGCAGCCGGUGGAGGUGGAGCGCACGGCCUUCAUCGACUUCGUGGAAAAGGACCGGGAGCCUGGGGCCGAAAAGACCAACAACGGGAUCCAUUACCGCCUCCGGCUGGUAUAUAACAAUGGACUUCGGACAGAGCAGGACCUCUACGUGCGCCUCAUAGACUCCAUGUCCAAGCAGGCCAUCAUCUAUGAGGGACAGGACAAGAACCCCGAAAUGUGCCGUGUGCUGCUCACCCACGAGAUCAUGUGCAGUCGGUGCUGUGACCGCAAGAGCUGUGGCAACCGGAAUGAGACGCCCUCAGACCCCGUCAUUAUUGACAGGUUCUUCCUCAAGUUCUUCCUCAAAUGCAACCAGAAUUGCCUAAAGAAUGCGGGGAAUCCCCGAGACAUGCGCCGCUUCCAGGUGGUGGUGUCCACGACAGUGAGCGUGGACGGACACGUGCUGGCCGUGUCUGACAACAUGUUUGUGCACAACAACUCCAAGCAUGGCCGCAGGGCGCGCCGCCUGGACCCCUCCGAAGCUGCCACCCCAUGCAUCAAGGCCAUCAGCCCUGGGGAGGGCUGGACCACGGGAGGUGCCACCGUCAUUGUCAUCGGAGACAACUUCUUCGAUGGGCUGCAGGUCGUGUUCGGGAACGUACUCGUGUGGAGCGAGCUCAUCACGCCCCAUGCCAUCCGGGUGCAGACGCCCCCAAGGCACAUCCCCGGGGUGGUGGAGGUGACCCUCUCCUACAAAUCCAAGCAAUUUUGCAAGGGAGCCCCGGGCCGCUUUGUCUACACAGCCCUGAAUGAGCCCACCAUUGACUACGGAUUCCAGAGACUACAGAAAGUUAUUCCCAGACACCCCGGAGACCCCGAGAGGCUACCCAAGGAAGUGCUGUUGAAGCGGGCGGCCGAUCUGGCGGAGGCUCUGUACGGAGCACCCAGCAGUAACCAGGUGCUACUGCUGAAGCGCGCUGCGGACGUGGCCGAGGCCCUGUACAGCGCCCCCCGCGCGCCCGCGCCGCUGGGCUCCCUGGCCCCGAGCCACCCGCACCCCGCCGUGGUGGGCAUCAAUGCCUUCAGCAGCCCGCUGGCCAUCGCCGUCGGGGACGCCACGCCGGGACCGGAGCCGGGCUACGCGCGCAGCUGCAGCAGCGCGUCCCCCCGCGGGUUCGCGCCCAGCCCCGGGUCGCAGCAAAGCAGCUACGGCAGUGGCCUCGGCGCUGGCCUCGGCGGUUACGGGGCGCCAGGCGUGGCCGGCCUCGGCGUGCCGGGGUCUCCUAGCUUCCUCAAUGGCUCUACGGCCACCUCACCCUUCGCCAUCAUGCCCUCUAGCCCCCCGCUGGCCGCUGCCUCCUCCAUGUCCCUCCCGGCCGCUGCCCCCACCACCAGCGUCUUCUCCUUCUCGCCUGUCAACAUGAUCUCCGCUGUCAAACAGAGGAGCGCCUUCGCUCCCGUGCUGCGCCCACCCAGCUCCCCACCCCAGGCCUGCCCCAGAGCCCACGGAGAGGGGCUUCCAGACCAGCCUUUUGAGGAUUCUGACAAGUUCCACUCUCCAGCCCGGGGGCUUCAGGGUCUGGCUUACUCCUAAUGACGGUCGGCAGGUGUUGCCCCACUGAGCCCGGACUGGAGGUUCCUCUGGGAUUCACACCCUUGCCCGGGGUGGUGGCCCGGACAGAUGCAGGGCCGGCUGCGACAGACCUCAACCCAUGGGCCUGAGCCGGAGACUCUCAGUUCAGGGACUCCCAGACCCUGUGGGGACCCCCGGCCCCCGGCCCACGGCUUCUCACUCUCCCUUUCUCGGGGCUGGUCAGAAGCCCCUGCGCUGCGCUGUGCUGAUGCUCUUGGAGGAAGAGGGUCCCCGGGAGGCGCCGCACUGCCUGGCCACACACACUAGGUCAGUUCCUCUGGAAGAGAUGGCUCUUGUGCAGACCUGGGACAAGGGGCGACCGGCAGUGGGGUGAGGACUGUGGGGAAAAGGACAGCUCAGGGAGUGGUGGCCUGGGGAGGUCCUGUGUGCAUCUGACCCAUCUCAGCGCCCCGACCUCUCCCCCACAGCAAGGGGGUGCCUGCAGCCUCAAGAGGCCUGCCUAGGCUCCCAUGGAGCUCCCAGCGCCACCCCCCUUUGAGGCCUGAGCACUCACGCUUGCCACAUCAUCAGUCCAGUGAAGCUCUGAGCAUGGAGGGUACAGACGAGGGGUGCCAGGUGCGCGGAAUUAUGGGUUUGCCCCCCGUGGAUGUUCGUGGACUCUGGCUGCCAUGCACUUGCGUCUGGCUGGCCCUGUAGAACCGUGGAAGGGGCUCAGCCACCCUUCGCCUCACGCUCUGCUGAGGCUGGAGAGAACACAACAAUAAACACAGAUGCAGGUGGCCGCUGGGCCUCUCUUGCCUGCUUCCUUGGCGUGGGUCUGCUUUUCUCAGCAUUUCUGCAGCUCCCCUGGGGACCCCCCACAUCAUGCCCCUAGGAAGCCAUCCGGCAGCUUGGGCCUUUUCAACCACCCCAGAAUUCAACAAGCAAGUGUUCCCUGCCCCUUGUCUGCUCUCUGGUACGUGGGGUGCAGGCUGCCAGGCCCAAGGACCCAAGACCCAGACUCAACACCCAGACUGGGCUAGGAGCACAGUCUGGCCACUGGGGACUCAAUCCCUCAACUGUAUGGCCAGGGCCAAGGUGGAAGUUGCCAGAAGGACAUUGCUGGAAACUAGGCUGAGCAAUCAAUACUCCCCAGAAGUGCAUAGCUUCUAUGUGAAGUUCUUCCCGACCAGGCCUGCUGGCCUCACCUAGGCUGGGUGGGGCAGGUUUGGAACACAGGGCUGACUACAGCCACUUCUCAGCGCCCCUCCUCCCUCCCCAGCCUAGGCACUUUCCAUCUCAGAGUUUGGGAGCAGGAAUGGUGAAGAAACAAGUUUCCCAGGCUUGCUCACACUCCCCCCAAGAAGGAAGCCCACUUGCCCCUGAAAUGUGACCGGUAGACCCAGAGGUCUAAGUUUGAGAUGGAAGCCACCGGACGAUGUUUGACCCAUUGUCCCUGGAGCGUGUGUCCACCCCCACCUCAGCACCCCUCCCCUCCAGCUUCUGGAAGCCCUGUCCUUCCCGUCGUGUGCCCACCCCCUGCAGCCCGCUGCCCAGUAGACCCCCGUGGCAAGCGGGCUGUGGCCUGUGUUCUUGGCUUGUACCUGAGGCUCCUCGCCUGACCCACACCUGGCGAGGGUUCCCACUGCGGCCCCCCUGGGGGCACCCUCCAGGUGAGCCGCUGCAGAGCUCCAAUCCAGACUGGAUGAGGGGCUAACUGGGCUCACGCUGGCUCCCGGGAUGGUCAGGUGUUCCGGCGGGACGGGGAGGGCCCUCUCUCCACGAGCUCACAAACCGUGCUCACGCCACCGUGAGUGUCCACAUCGCCGACAGCGGGCAAAGCCAACCGCCUGUGAGGUCGCUGUGGACUCAGCAGCGUCCUCCCCAAAUCCAUACACUGAACCAGCCCCCGGCCCACGUGACUGUCUUUGGAGCUAGGGCCUUCCAGGAGGUGCUUCAGACCAAGGAAGGCCAUGAGAGGGGCCCUAAUAUGACAGAACAGGGUCCUGUCAGAGGGGACCCUGCCCCCAGGUCGGGCCUAGCGGGUAGGUGGCUGCCUACAAGCCGGGAAGAGGGUUCUCACCAAGCACCAGGGCAGCUGGCGCCUUGGUCCGGGGCUGCUAGUUUUUUCAGAACUAUGAGAAAUAAAUUUCUGUUGUUUA